AUGAGCAGCCUCAAGGAUGAUGCCAAUUUUAAAUUUCAUCCCAACUGUGCAGGUAUUCAGCUAUCUCAUUUGGCUUUUGCAAAUGAUAUUAUGCUUCUAUCUAGAGGAGACAUCCCUUAUGUGUCAACUAUGUUUGCCAAACUUCAGCACUUCUGUAGGAUUUCAGGGCUUUCCAUCAGCUCUGAUAAAUCUGCCAUAUACUCAGCCAGUAUUAGGCCUCAUGAGCUUUCUCAUAUUCAGCAGCUUACUGGAUUUAGCUUGGGUGACUUCCCUUUUAGAUACUUGGGUGUUCCCCUUUUAUCAUCUAGAUUAAAUGUAUGUCACUUUGCUCCCUUGCUUUCCAAGAUUACUGACUUGAUUCAGGGAUGGAGCAGGAAGUCUUUAUCUUAUGCAGGUAAGCUAGAGUUGAUCAGAGCAGUUAUUCAAGGAAUUAUGAAUUUCUGGAUGGGGAUUUUUCCUUUGCCUCAAUUUGUUCUGGACCGGAUCAACGCUUCAUGCCGUAAUUUUCUAUGGGGCAAAGCGGAUAUUGGCAAAAACAAGCCCUUAGUUGCUUGGUGUGAGACACACUACUUUGGAAUACCAAUGGUUCCAAACGAUGACAACAAUUCUAUUGGCAACAAUGCCUCCAAGUCAAUCCUAGACUUGUGA